AUCUCUGGAUUAAGUAGAAAGAUUAAGAAAUAAUAUUAUUAUUUGGGGUUAUGUUUGACAGAACCUUACCAUUUUCGUAGCGUCGGAUGGUAAUGGUUUAAAAAAAGGAAAAUGAUAUGAAAAGGGAUCGCCCCUCCUGGUAUAAAUAUUUUUCGGAGUUGGCAGACCUGUUUAUAUGUCGACCGCCACCUGUGGAACGAUGCAAUUACACGUUUAAAUCAGUUCAAAUGUAACGACGCUGGUUGCUGGGUACUCGCGUCCUAUCAUUGUUUACAUGAUAUUCAGUUUAUUUAUUACUUAGUUAUUUACUAAUAACAGUGAAAUAUGGGGGAUAUGAUUGUACCUAGGAAUCCGUACGCUUCAUUAAAUGCUUCGAAGGUCAGUGAUAUUUCGAUCGAAGCUGCCAGGAAGAUUUAUCUAAAAACCAAGACCCAUGAGCAGAAGUAUGCCGAGAACCUGAAAACUAUUAACGAGUUGGAAACAAGAGUAAGCACUUUGAGAAAUUUGCUAGAUACAGAGUCUGUGGUACUGGAGACUAGGACGUUAAAACUAUCAAAUUAUGAAAGCGAAACAAAAGCCUUAGAGGCACAAAGGGAUGCGAUCAAGGAGGAGAAACUGCAAUUGGAAACAAAUCGAAAUAAGCUUAAAUCGUGGAAGCUGAGUCUUAAGGACCAACACAUAUUAGAUAUUGCACAAAAGAAAUUUCAAUUGUACAAAACAUUUACUGGCAUAAGAUGGAAUUUUCCAGCUCUUAAGGACCACAUUAAAGGCUAUGUAACGAACAAGCAGGACUACAUAAAGGGGUUUUGUUUUAACAAUAAUGAAGACAAAUGGAAAACAACCAAUCUCUUGUGGAAAGAGAUUCAAUUAUCGGCAGAAAGCAAAGGUACCAAAGAGGAUUGCGAAGAGAUCACGGAAUCUAUUACGCAAGACUCGUCCUGAAUUUGUUCGUUCCUCUUUUAUUCGUCGGGUCCUUUCGGAAAGACUUUUAUUUACCACGCUAUCUUAAAGAUCUAUAUUUGUAUUUACAUACAUGUCCACAGAGAACCAUGACGAUAUUUUGUAAUCUCAUAGUCCGAAUUAGGUACAAUUAAAUGAAGUUCGGAGUUA